GUUCCUGGCGGUGAGGACAAGGCUUCUGGCGGUGAGGAUAAGGUCCCUAACGGUGACGACAAGGUUCGUGACGGUGAGGACAAGGUUCCUGGUGGUGAGGACAAGGUCCUAACGGUGAAAACAAGGGUUCCUGGCGGUGAGGACCACGUUCCUGGCGGUGAGGACCAGGUUCCUGGCGGUGAGGACAAGGUUCCCGGCGGUGAGGAGAAGGUUCCUGGCGGUGAGGACUAGGUUCCUGACGGUGAGGACAAGAUUCCUGGCGGUGAGAACAAGGUUCCUGGCUGUGAGAACAAGGUUCCUGGCAGUGAUAACGAGGUUCGUGACGGUGAGAACAAUGUUCCUGGCGGUGAGGAGAAGGUCCUGACUGUGAGGACGAGGUUCCUGGCGGUGAAGACCAGGUUCCUGGUGGUGAGGACAACGUUCCUGGCGGUGAGGACAAGGUUCCUGGCAGUGAGAACAAGGUUCUUGGCGGUGAGGACAAGGUUCCCGGCGGUGAGGACAAGGUUAGUGCCGGUGAGGACAAGGUUCCUGCCGGUGAGGACAAUGUUCCUGGCGGUGAGGACAAGGUUGCUGGCGGUGAGGACAAGGUUGCUGGCGGUGAGGACAAGGUGCCUGGCGGUGAGGAUAAGUUCCUGGCGGUGAGGACAAGGUUCCUGGCAGUGAGGAGAAGGUUCCUGGCGGUGAGGACAAGGUUCCUGCCGGUGAGGACAAUGUUCCUGGCGGUGAGGACAAGGUUACUGGCGGUGAGUACAAGGUUCCUGGCGGUGAGGACAAGGUUGCUGGCGGUGAGGACAAGGUUCCUGGCGGUAAGGACAAGGUUCCUGGCGGUGAGGACAAGGUUGCUGAGGGUGAGGACAAUGUUCCUGACGGUGAGGAGGUUCCUGGUGUUGAGGACAAGGUUCCUGGCUGUGAGGACAAGGUUCCUGACGGUGCGGACAAGGUCCUUGACGGUGAGGACCAGGUUCCUGGCGGUGAGGACUAGGUUCCUGGGGGUGAGGACAAGGUUCCUGGCGGUGAGGAUAAGGUUCAUGGGGGUGAGGACAAGGUUCCUGGCGGUGAGGAUAAGGUUCAUGACGGUGAGGACAAGGUUCGUGACUGUGAGGACAAGGUUCAUGGCGGUGAGGACAAGGUCCUGACGGUGAGGACAAGGGUUCCUGGCGGUGAGGACAAGGUUGCUGACGGUGAGGACAAGGUUCCUGACAGUGAGGACAAGGUUCCUGGCGGUGAGGACAAGGUUGCUGGCGGUGAGGACAAGGUUGCUGGCGGUGAGGACAAGGUUCCUGACGGUGAGGACAAGGUUCCUGACGGUGAGAACAAGGUUCCUGACAGUGAGGACCAGGUUCCUGGCGGUGAGGACUAGGUUCCUCAAGGUGAGGACAAGGUUCCUGGCGGUGAGGACAAGGUUCCUGACAGUGAGGACAAGGUUCCUGGCGGUGAGGACAAGGUUGCUGGCGGUGAGGACAAGGUUGCUGGCGGUGAGGACAAGGUUCCUGACGGUGAGGACAAGGUUCCUGACGGUGAGAACAAGGUUCCUGACAGUGAGGACAAGAUUCCUGGGAGUGAGAACAAGAUUCCUGGCAGUGAGAACAAGGUUCCUGGCUGA